AUGUUUACCGUCUCGCUCGCCGGCCACCAUGGCUUGCCCGCGCAGCCGUCGCUCGUGUGCUAUGUCGCGGCCCACGAGCUGCUCGUUGUCGCUGCUGGGUACCAGCAGAUCAAGCUUUACGGAGAAGACGGCCUCGAGUUGUUUGUCUCGUGCGUCGCGAACGAGGCGACGGCCGGUGCGUCCACGAGCUUCCUGCAACCCACAGCGAACGGGCGCAUUGUGCUUGUCUCGUCCGACAGUGGCGUCCAAGUCGUCUCGCUCGAGCGCUGCAAUCUGGCGCAUCGCCGAUCCUCGCAUCCUUGCCGCCAAGGUACACGCCUCAACAUCCACACCAUUUUCAUGCCAACGUCAACUAGCUGGACAAUGUGUCGGAUCACGGCGGUCGAGACGAUCAAAAGCCACAAGUCGGCGCCGUUCGUCUUCCUUGCGCUUGACGACGGAUCGAUUCAGGUCGUGCAGGAAGAUACCUGCGCAUUCACUACGUACGCGAUCCAGGCCGCGCAGCUCGGGCUUAGCGGCGACGACGUUGCAGUCUCGGCGAUGGCAAGCAACCCGAGCGACGCCAACCAGCUGCUUCUGGCGUACGAAGGCGCACAUGAGGCGAGCAUCUUUCUCUGGGACCUCGCCAAGAAGAAGGUGUUGCACAAGGCGACCGUGCCGCCGGCCCAUGGCAGCGUCCAGAGCCUCGCGUGGCACGCUAGCGGCAAGCGGUUCGCCGCGGGUUUUCACGACGGCGCGUUUGGCGUCUUUCGCACCGACAAGCAGCAGAGCGCGUUUUUCCUACGGCGACGUCGGCUCCGUUGA